AAUCUGACAAAAUUUAAUCUAACAGUAUUUCUAGUUAUUACAUUUUAAAUACGUAAACACUAUUUAAAGUACUACUAUCUGCUCAAUUUAUUUUACCUAUCAGUUACAGCAUCAAAGGAAUAAGUAUUGUGCUGAGAGAAUUUCUAAUAAUGAAAGUUAUAAAAUCGAUUUUCCUCUAGGUGUGAUAUUAUUGUUCAUUGUGCAAGAAUGAAACCCGUAAUCGGUUCUGUGUCUCUUUUAUUGUAUUUCGUUAAAUCAUGUCGUGCAUCAGGAGCAGAUAUUGCACUCGAUGCAAAGGCUACUCUUCUACAUCGUAUAGACAGUCUAAACUUGCUAAUUUACACCUGCCUUUUAACGUUAACAGUUUUAACUAUAUGGGUAUUUAAGCAUCGUCGUGUAAGUUGGCUCCACGAAACUGGCCUGGCUGUAAUAUAUGGUCUAAUAGUAGGAGCAAUCAUUAGAUAUGCAGGAAGUACAAAUCAAGUCACAUACCUUGAUGCUCAUCCGGAGCCCAAUGCAAAGUAUAACUUGUCUGUACCACCAGACAUUGUGCGUUUCCACUUCCCUGACAAAAUCCAAAUAUCAUCAGGAGAAAUACCUGUACCAAAUAAGACAUACGCAUACAGUUUCCGGGGUGAGAUAGUGAAUUUGGAGCAAAAUGAAAUUGACCUAAAGGCAACAUUUGAUCCAGAGAUAUUUUUCAAUAUCAUUCUACCACCCAUAAUAUUCCACGCUGGUUAUUGUCUCAAAAGGAAAUACUUUUUCCGGAACUUAGGUGCAAUUUUGACCUUUGCCAUGGUAGGCACAGCUCUCUCGGCUCUAGUCAUCGGUUCCUUGAUGUAUGGCUGCGUGCAAUUGAUGCCGGCGUCUCUUGCAGCCAGCUUCACAUUCCUGGAUACACUUUAUUUUGGUGCAUUAAUUUCACCCACCGAUCCGCUUACAGUUCUUGCUAUAUUCUCACAACUCAAGGUGGAUGUCAAUUUGUAUGCAAUGAUAUUUGGCGAAAGUGUCCUCAAUGAUGCAGUCGCACUUGUACUCAGCGGUGCCAUACAGAACUACGAAAAAAGGUACUCGACUGACGGUGGAUUUGAAAUAACAGCAUUCCUAGCAGCAAUCGGAGACUUUAUUGGAAUAUUCAGUCUGUCCCUUCUCGUCGGUGCUUUUAUAGGCUGUCUGACCGCAUUGAUGACUAAGUUCACGCACGUCCGUGAUUGGCCGCUUCUGGAGUCCGCACUGUUCGUGCUAAUGUCGUACGCCGCUUUCCUCAUCGCAGAAGUUUGCGAAUUAACAGGUGUCGUUGCAGUUUUGUUCUGCGGUAUAUGUCAAGCGCAUUACACAUACAAUAAUCUCUCGUCGGACUCUCGGAACAGAACCAAGCAACUGUUCGAGCUACUCAAUUUCCUCGCCGAAAACUUUAUAUUCACCUACAUCGGUGUGUCGAUGUUCACCUUUCCGAAACACCACUUCGACCCGUGGUUCAUCAUCGCUGGCUUCCUCACUUCGACUCUCGGUCGUGCGAUAAACAUCUACCCGUUGUCGUUUCUACUGAAUCUAGGUCGAAAACCACCGAUCCCCAUGAACUUCCAGCAUAUGCUUUUCUUUUCGGGGCUGCGCGGCGCCAUGUCGUUCGCGCUGGCCAUCCGCAACACGGUGUCGGAGGCGCGGCAGGCCAUGCUCACCACCACGUCGCUCAUCGUCAUCGCCACCGUGGUGCUGCAGGGCGGCGCCGCCUCGCACGCGCUCGCCUACCUGCGCAUCCCCACCGGACAGGGUCAAAACGACGAAAGCGAAGCUCUGCCGUACCGCGACGUGAGAAGUCUCUACCAGGCCACGGACACAGGCAGACCGAAUGGCCGCAUGGUAGUUAAGUGGGGCAAAGACGAAAAUGGAGUGAUUAUGCCUUGGCAACUAAACUCUUACGAAGAUACUCCACGUGGUAGCGGAGACGGAGGAGGCGAGAAAGCUAGGCUCGCACGUCUCUGGGGUGCGAUUGACUCGAAAUUACUGAAGCCUUUGUUGACACACGCGCGACCACCCCUAACAGAGACACUACCAGCUUUUCUGAGACCACUCGCUAGGCUCUUGACCACCACGAGACAAUACACGCAAGGGGAUAACGGCCUCAGAAGAACCGACUCAGAUUCUGACCUGUGUAUUGAUGAACCUCAGCCUGUUCCUACAACUAUUGACCCGCAGCUAUCUUAUAACAUACGGAAUGGAUAUGGAAAUGUAUAAGCAUUGUAGCAUUAGUGAUCGUCGGCUGUGAUUUAAGGUCUAGAAUUCUAGAUGUACAUAGACUUUACAUCGUAUUUUGAUUUUUUAAUAGGAAAAUUAUUAUUUUUUAUUAUUGCACGCAGCAACUUUGGCCCGGACUUGUGGAUACAAGAAUCUCAGUAGAAGGUAUCACCGGCAGUAACAUAUAAUGUUAAGUAGUAACAAAAUUCUAACACUCUUCGUGCCACGAUCUCUUGAUAAAACGUCUUAAGUAACGAAUGACGCCCUUGUCAGAUUGUAAAAUGUAUUUUGCUAUUUUCAGAUUGAUGUAGCUACAAUGUUUAGGGUGCCGCGAUAAGACUAGUGUAAUUAGCGGCCACGCCUACCCUUAGUAUUGUAUUUAAAGCUUUUGUAUUUUAUUUUGUUUUUUUGUAGUCAUAGUUGGUCAUACGUACAAGUUACGAUCCUGACUUUGCACCAAAUCUAAUAUAUAUUAUAAAAAUAUAUGCCCAUAUAUACCCCACCAAACGGCAGUUGUGCAAAACCUUUUCACUUUAUAUGUUUGUGGUGUUUUAAAUCAAACCAAAAGUAGUGUAACAAUUAAAUAUUUCUUAAUUAGUAUUUCGCUUUUCAUGUACCUAAUUAAAGCAUAUGUAAUUCUUCAUCUAUAGUAUAUGCGCUUGUUUGUGAUUUAUACAUUAAAUGUCUAAUUAUAAUACAUACAAUGUGCUAAUUUGAUUCACAAAAUUUAGCUUUUGCAUUUCAUAGCAAAAACCAAUUAUUUAUAUUGAUAUAAAGUAUUACAUAAUAUAUAGUUUUAUUAAAAAAAAAUUAUGAAAUAUAUAAAUAUCCUUUCUUACUUAGAUAUGGUGGUAACAACAUAAUGUACUAUUGAAAUAACUUGUAUAAGUAUAUAUAAAAAUAAAUAUAUAUUUUUUUACUUUAAACUUCCGCAAUAUUUGUAACAAAAAAUGCAAAUGUAUAAUUUCCAUCAUAAACAUGAAUGUAUAAAAUAUAUGUCUCAAAUAUACAUUAUAUAUAUUUAGCCAUUGUCUCUUCAAAAUUCUAUAAUUUGUAGUCUAGUCUUUUAAAAAUUUUGAGUGAGUUUUAUAAACAUUCAAUAACUUUAUUAAAUUGGCUCUCCAUAGAAUGGGUCUUUAAAGGUUAUUAGUAAAUGGUUGUACAAUAGUAUUCGAAUUUAUUUUGUUAAUUUUAAACUAUUUUGUAAAUAAUAUCUUAUAUUUAUAAUUGGUCUAUAAACCUAUUAGGAAGACUUUAAACAUUUUUCAUUUUGAAUGCAACAUUUUAUAUGUAUUUUCUCUUAGAUAUAAGACUUUGUAAAAACACAAUAAUUGUGUUAUUUAGCUAAUUGCUUAUGAUUCUUUUAUAUCCUUUAGAGAUAUGAAGACAAAAUGUAUGACACCGAAUUUUAAAUGGAACAAAGUGAUUCUUAUAUACUACAUGUAAUAAAAUUUGAUUCUAAA